AUGUUACUCAUGAUUAGUAUUCUCUCAAUCGCAUCGUUCCAAGGUGCAAUUGCUGCCUCUCCACCACAGCCCCAAUCUCCCAUCAUCCCCAUUUCAUACAGCUACGGGGGCUAUCCUCGCAUCCAGGCCGACAUCAAGUGGGGUACACCGGGACAAUCUCCUAUUCCCACAAUCUUUGACACUGGCUCUCCCAGUUUCUGGGUUUUUGGUCCCAAGUCGACCAUCAACGAUGGCUCCGAUGCGCAUUACGUGCAGGGUCCUUGCAACAAGACUGUCAAGACUUUUUACAAUUGGCCCAAGUCAACUUCACAUUCUAAAGGAGGCCCUACCAAGCCCAAAGGAGGAUCUUUAAGCUAUGCCUAUGGCGGUAAUGGCAAGCUCAUAUCAGCAUCGAGCCUCAUCAACGACACAUUCGCCUUUUCCAAUCCAAAUUUUGCCAAGUUGACUAAUAACCAAGUGGCAUUGGCGGAUUAUGCACAGAUCACUCAACUCGACGACAAAUGUAAGAUCCCCGAAAGUGAUUUUGAUCAUAGCAUCCUUGGCCUGGCACCACUUUCGCAGGGUUUCUCUGGACCGUCUUUUCGUGAUAACCUGCGUCGUACUGGGAAAACGCGUUCUUCUUCUUUCACAAUGUGGUUUGAUCAACAACCCAAGUCUGUCAAGUCGCCAUACUCCGGCGCAGCCGUAUUCGGUGCCGCACCUAUACGAAAGAAGUAUAUCGGUGAGCUCGUACGCAUCAAGCAGGAUUACCCUGAGGAUCCUUAUGUGGGAUAUUAUUCGGCUCUGCCGGAGCUGACUGUCACAUCGAUUCGCAAGCCGGGCAAGUCUGUCAAGAUUGGCGCAGCGGAUUCUUCGGUCAAGCGGUGCCUGCUUGAUUCUGGCACAGGCGAGGAUCGUGUACCUUUUAGUGAGAAGGAGAUCAUCACGGCAACCGGGCUAAUCCACCUGCAAGUCCCGUACGUAAUUGCAUGGAACGGGACUUGCGAGUCGAUUCCACGUACUGCCACGUUCAACUUCACAUUCGCCGGAGUUACCAAGGGCAAGAGCGUCACUGUUGCUGUGCCUAUUCGUAGCUACGCCCGUGGUGAAUUCGAUGGGAUACCUGGGUACGACACUUCCAAGGUCUGUGCCUUGAGCCUUUCGGGCGACGAGUUUGGUGACUGUACCCUUGGUGCUCCAUUCUUCACAGCUGCUUAUGCCGUUUUCCACGAUGAUCAGAAACAGAUAGCGCUCGCUCAGGGUGGUGUUUCCACUGGAACAGGUGACUCUGCAGUUGGAAUUGGUCAUCUCACGCCUAUCCUGCCGAGUUCUAACAUUCCGAAUUCAGUUUAA